UGAACCGUAGCGGAACCGUCAUCCAUCGACGACUUCCGUCGCGCCCGAGGCACAGCGAGGCGCCCGAAACAAUUGUCUGUCUCCAUGGCGGCAACGACGACGGCGACGUCGAGGCGGGCGCCGGCCGUCCUCGCCCUCGCCCUCGCCCUCCUCCUCCUCGCGGCGGCGCCCUCGGCCUCCGCCAGGGGCGACGGCAACGGCGUGUACGAGCCGUGCGCGGACGCGACGGUGAGCCGCGGCGACGGGUUCACCUUCGGGGUGGCCUUCGCGGGGCGCGACGCCUUCUUCUCCGGCGGCGUGCAGCUCUCUCCCUGCGACAGCCGCCUCAACCUGGCCGGCGCCGGCCCGCUGCUCGCGCUCUUCCGCCCCACCGUCGACGAGAUUUCGCUCCUCACCGUCAACGCCUCCGGCGCCGGCGACCUGACAUCCGCUGGUGGGUACAUGGUGGCAUUUGCCGGGAGGAAAUUCGCGGCAAGGUCGCCGCCCGUGUUCGUCGGCAACAGCUCGUACACAGUCACCGGCUUCACCCUGGUGUUCGAGUUCCACAAGGGCACGCUCCAGAACCUCUUCUGGAAGUCCGACGGCUGCUCGUCGUGCUCCGGGCAGGCCAACUUCGGGUGCGUCGAGAACAGUUGCGCGAUCAAGACGUCGAGCUGCAGGGGCAACGGCGGCGGCGGGCAGGUGGACUGCAGCCCCGGGAUCCAGUUGGCCUUCUCCGGCACGGACAAGCACGAGGCGGUGCUCAACUCGUGGUACGAGGUGUCCAAGCUGAAGCAGUACUCCCUCUUCGGCCUCUUCUCCGGCCUCAAGGACUCCCUGGCCGGCCAGUUCAGCAACUUCUUCUAGCAUCGUGUCGUGUGUGCUCGGUCCGUCCACAUCGUGCAGCUUCUGAAGGCAGUCACACACACCCGUUGCCUCAUAUUGCGUCGUCACCCGUGUAGUGUUUGUUCAAGCUGUCGCGAUAUACUGUCACCCGUGCAUGCCGUGUGACGUUUGUAACAAAAUGCUCUGUAUAUCGAUUAUCAGCUGCUACGUACGCUCGUUAACUGAUAGGUAUAUAUAGAGACAGUGUAAGCUACGUACGACGAAACUACUCCCUCCUUUCCGGUUUAUAGGGCUUAUCUCAAAAUUUUAGUUUUUCCA